AUGGUGUCUCUCUGGCGCAAUUCAUUUCUUGCAGGCUUGGUCGGCUCAGCCAUUGCCGCGACUCCGGCUCAAUGGCGCUCGCAGUCAAUCUACUUCAUGCUCACCGAUCGGUUUGCAAGGACGGAUGGCUCAACGACUGCUACUUGCGAUACCAGCGAUAGAGUAUAUUGCGGUGGUACCUGGCAGGGUAUCAUCAACAAACUGGAUUACAUCCAGGGAAUGGGAUUUACCGCCAUCUGGAUUACUCCUGUCACGGGCCAACUGACCCAGGAUACCGGGGAUGGCACAUCAUAUCAUGGAUACUGGCAACAAGACAUAUACGCUUUGAAUUCAAACUAUGGCACAGCGGAUGAUCUCAAGUCGCUGGCUUCAGCUCUCCAUGACCGCGGCAUGUACCUCAUGGUGGAUGUUGUGGCUAAUCAUAUGGGCUAUAAUGGUGCUGGUAAUACCGUCGACUACAGUGUUUUUGACCCCUUCAACUCGCCGGACGAUUUUCACUCCUACUGCGAGGUCACGGACUACAGCAACCAGUCGAACGUGGAAGAUUGCUGGCUUGGAGACACCACCGUCUCUCUGCCUGAUCUCAACACCGAGUCAGAGAGUGUCCAAACCAAGUGGUACAGCUGGGUUGGCUCCUUAGUUUCCAACUAUUCGAUUGACGGGUUGCGCGUGGAUACCGUCAAGCAUGUUCAAAAAGACUUCUGGCCUGGCUACAACAAGGCCGCAGGUGUCUAUUGUGUGGGUGAAGUCUUCGACGGCGACGCGGACUACACUUGCCCCUACCAGGAGGUUAUCGAUGGCGUGCUGAACUACCCAAUGUACUAUCCGCUGCUCCGAGCCUUUCAAUCCACCAGUGGAAGCAUGAGCGAUCUCUAUAAUAUGAUCAACACGGUGAAAUCCACCUGCUCCGAUUCGACUCUUCUCGGCACCUUCACGGAGAACCAUGAUAAUCCUCGGUUUGCGUCAUACACCAAUGACAUGUCCCUGGCCAAGAACGCCGCGGCCUUCACCAUCAUGGCCGACGGCAUUCCGAUCAUCUACGCCGGCCAAGAACAGCACUACAGCGGCGGCAGCGAUACCGCAAACCGCGAAGCGGUCUGGCUUUCCGGCUACAGCACUGACAGCGAGUUGUAUCAACUCAUCGCCAAAGCGAACGCCAUCCGGUCUCAUGCCUUCAGCCAGAGCGGUGACUAUAGUAUGUACAAAAACUAUCCGAUCUACCAAGAUGGGACCACCCUGGCUAUGCGCAAGGGAUACGAUGGCACACAGACGAUUACCAUUCUUUCGAAUCUGGGGGCAAGUGGAAGCCAGUAUACGCUCUCGUUAGGUAAUACCGGCUAUGGGGCUGGGACGGUUCUGACGGAGAUCAUUACCUGUGCAAGUGUUACUGUUGAUAGUAGUGGCAAUGUGCCUGUACCGAUGGCGAGUGGGGAGCCAAGAAUCUUGUAUCCUACUUCGGAGAUGAAGGGGUCGAGCAUUUGUUCUUGA